AUGGUGCCACUAAGCAGCCGCGCAAUGGGCGUGGAGCAACGUGCGAAACAAUUACAACAGGCCGCAAAGACUCAUGACUUUACCUUCGGAACAGCUACGUCGGAGGGGGCUUCACCCCCCACACGCCUAGAAUUCAUUCACUUCUCGUUCACCAUGGCUUUACCCAGGGCGAUGCGCCUACUGGCUGCCGUCACCAUCUGCAUUUUUCUGUUCCUCUUUCUACAAAUCUUGCGGGCGGAACCAGGCGCCAUCGUAUUGCCCGACUCUGCACGCAAGGGCAAGGAGAGCACUAGCAAGCUUCAGAAAUGGGAUCACGACCCUCAGCUCGAUCUAUCUGGCGAGCCACCCGAGCCGUUGCGCAGAGUCAAGGGCGGUAACUACGACCCCGAAAACGAGAGCAGCGACCGCAUCAAUGCAACAAUCCUUAGCUUGGUACGUAACGAGGAACUUCAGGGCAUCCUGAACAGCAUGAGCGAUCUAGAACGGACAUGGAACCGCAAAUUCAACUACCCGUGGACUUUCUUCAACGACGUUCCCUUUACCCAAGAGUUCAAGCGGAAGACUACGGCCGCCACAAAUGCGAAAACCUACUAUCACCAAAUUCCGAAAGAACACUGGGAGAUACCCUCCUGGAUCAACGAAGAUCUCUUCAAAGAAUCCAUGUCUCUCUUGAAGGACGUCCAGUACAUGGAAAAGAAAUCAUACCACCAAAUGUGUCGCUGGAACAGCGGCCUCUUCAGCGAGCACCCCGCUCUCGCCACCACGCAAUACUACUGGCGCGUCGAGCCCAACGUGCGAUUUUUCUGCGAUGUCGACUAUGAUGUGUUUCGAUGGAUGCAGGAUCAUAAUAAGACGUAUGGCUUCAACAUCAACAUCUACGACAGCGCCGAGAGCGUGGCGACACUGUGGCCUGAAACGCUCAAAUUUUUGCAGGAUCACCCAGGUUAUGUGAAUGAGAGAAGCGCAAGAGAGUGGCUGGAAGACGGAACACAUCGCCCAGAAAACAAGCGCAAAGCUAACGGCUAUUCGACCUGCCACUUCUGGUCGAAUUUCGAGGUUGGUGAUCUGAAUUUCUGGCGCAGCCGCCAGUACCGGGAAUACUUUGAUCAUUUGGACCGUUCGGGCGGGUUCUUCUACGAACGGUGGGGAGACGCACCUGUGCACAGCGUGGCGCUGGGCUUGUUCGAGGAUAAGAGCAAGAUCCAUUGGUUCCGCGACAUCGGCUACCAACACGUUCCCUUCUUCAACUGCCCCAAUAGCCCCAAGUGUGGUGGCUGCGUCACAGGUCGCUUCACCGACGGCGAGAGCUGGCUCAACCGCGAGGACUGCAGACCUGUCUGGUUCAAGCACGUCGGCAUGGACUAG